GUCUGUGUGUGUGUGAUGUUGUGUUUGUGUGAUGUUGUAUACAUGUGUGUAUAUGUGUGUGUAUGUGUGAUGUUAUCCUAACCCCUGACAUGAUGUCCAGGGGUGGAGAGUGGGUCAAGGAAGGAGUUCCCAGAGUGGGAAGUGUGGCGAGGCGUUUAUAAACUCCUGACCAUGUUUACACCUCAGACACAAUCCCGUCUUCUCACACGAUAUUACGCUCAGCAGAAGAAACGUCUGGAACUUUACUGUUUGGGCUGUCAGUGUGUGCUACCUUAGGUCAGAAGGGGGAUACUAUCUCCACUACCAGGGUCUGCCUACGAUAUCUCACAUCUUAUUGAUUUAUUUUUCAUUUAAUUUGGGAAAGAAGAGUUCAGUGCUUGGGGUUUAACGCUCUCUACUUGGUCCUCAAGAAGUGGACCCCAUUUGAACCAUCUAAUUCUGUCUGGGCUUGGCUGUUUCUCAGUAAGGGUGUUCUGUUCUGUUCUGUACUAUACUGUACUGUUCUGUAUUGUACUGUACUGUUCUGUGCUGUUCUGUAUUGUGCCUCAGAGGCUUAACAGCCAUGUACAACAGCAGCUACUCCCAGGCCAAGUUUGGCUUAGAGAGCAGGAGGAAGAUCCAGAAGCCCAGCGGGAAGAGCUGCGGCUACUACAUGAGGCUCGUCUUCUUCUUCUCCUCUCUGAUCCAGUCCCUCAUCAUCGUCAGCCUGGUGCUCUUCCUGGUCUACGGGAGCUCCCCAGACGCGGCGGCCGAGAGCCGGGUCCAGGACCUGGAGAAGAGCUUCAGCCACCUCUCCAUUGACAACGUCAACCUCCGGCAGCAGGGAAAGAACCUGACGCAGCUCCUGAACGCCACCCUGACUGACAAGAUGCGCAACGACAGGGAUAUGAUGAGUCUGCGUCAAGUGGCAAACAGGUCUGGCAUGUUCAUCGCCAAUCUCAAAGGACUGGUGUAUCAGUGUGAAAAGGAUAAGGGAAGCUGUCAGCAUCAACUUAGCAUGAACCAAUGCCACAGGGCCAUGCCACCAAAUGGCAACAACAAGAAAAUGCAAGAAAACCAGGUCCAGCAGCUGGAGCAGUUGCUAAAGCUAGUGAGCUCCAACUUCAGUCAGACGGUGCAGUUCAUGAGGAUGGAGAUGGAGAACACAGCCAUGGACCGGGACUCCCUCACCCUUGAGGCCAUCUCCCUCCAGAGGGACAAGACCUUCCUGCAGAGACAACUGGAGGGCUACAGGAAGAAGUGCAAGGAGGACUUUGUCCAAUCACUGGCCGGCAUCUCCGACGUCUCUAAAGCCUUCCUGUUGAAGAUCGACAACCUCCUGCCCAAUGUCAGCCCCUUCCUGCUCACCUGCGAGAAGCAGCUCCACCACCUGGACCAGAUCCGCAACAACUGCACCGGUCUGUCCCGCGAGGUGGAGACCAAGUUCCAGCACUACCUGGACAAGGUGGGCUCUCAGAUGUCGGAGAUCAAGGGCCACAGCGCCUGGCUGCAGGCGGAUAAAGACCAGCUGAAGGAGGACUACGACUGGUGUAGCUACAAUCGCAGCGCCAUGGCCCUGGAGCACCACAAGAAGCUUCAGAAGACCCAGGAGAAAUACGACCGAGAGACGGAGAGAAUGCUGAUGGACCGCAGGAGGCUGCAGGGGAACAAGGAGCUGCAGGAGACGGCGAUGAAGAUGAAGGAGGGUGAGAUCAGCAUUCUCAAGGACAAGAUCAAUAACCUCAACAGCUCACUGGCCAACUGUGGCUCCAGGACCGGCAUGGGUAACUCAGGGAUGUCCGGACCAAAUCAGACUGGGCCCUGGGGUAGCAGGCAUGGGAUGGGUGACCCUGGCUCAACUGGGAAUGCAUUUGGCGGGGAAGGGUUGAGUGCAACAGGGCAAGGUAACAGGGGGUCAACUGCUGGAACAGGAUUGGGGGCUGGAACAGGUGGGUGGGGUGCUUCUGCAACAGGAAACGGCAACGCAGGUUUUGGCAACACAGGAUUGGGUAGGGCCGGGUCAAGUGCUUUGUCAUCAUCAGGCGCCGCAAGGAUGAACGGAUCAGGAAUGGACAGCUCGAACGGUUACAGUUUAGCACAUAUCAAUCAACACUUACGAGAGCUGCAGCAGUAUUCCAACCCCAACUCCGGCUCAGAAGUAUCUGGGUAAUCCAUGAAAUUUCACAGAGGAAAAUGGAGGAAAGAUGGAACCCUCUGCUCCUUCUAUUAAACCCAGUCUCCUCAUAUUGAGUUCUGGUAUGUCAAUAUAUGUAUAAUAUAAUUUAUACCAACAGCAGCUGCAUUGUAAUAUAUAAUAAAAUAAAAUCUGCUGCUACUGUGACAUGUAUUCAAUUUUUUUGAAUGUCCUUGAUAACUACCCACAAAUGUAUGUUAUUUGAAUAUGUUUAUUUAGUCAGGAGAAAGGCAUAAAAGUAGUAAAUAAGCUGUUUUCAAUGUACUGUAUAUACUUUUAUU